CUUUCUUCUGUCGCGGAGUUCUAUAAAUACCCAGUCUUCGUCUCGGCAGCGUUCUCCUGCAGCCUCGUCCAACUGAAGCGGCAAUGGAAGCUGGUCAAAGGGCGGCGGAACUCGCUGGCCCCCUCGAGCUUCUCCCUCCCGUCGAUUUCUGCUGUGCGUACGGAUCCUCCCUCCUCCCCAACAACACGGACAAGACCUCCAUGGUAGAUUACAUCUUGGGCGUUGCAGACCCUGUACAAUGGCACGCGGAAAAUUUGGAAAGGAACGGACACCAUUACUCUAAAUGGAUGGCGCGGCUCGGGCCGACGGCGGUCAACUGGGUUGCUGACAGAAUUGGCGUUGGCGUGCACUUCAACCCCUUUGUGGUGUGGAGGGAUAAGAAUAUCAAGUAUGGAGUCGUGCGGAUGCAUGAUUUGGCUAUGGAUGUGCUGACAUGGAAUAGGUUUUAUCUGAGCGGCCGUUUGCAGAAACCUGUUCAUUUUAUAGUUGAUAACUGGGGCAUACGAAAGGUCAACUUGCUUAAUUUGAAGGCAGCAACUUCUGCUUCACUCCUCCUUUUGCCAGCUAAAUUUAGUGAGGAAGAUCUAUAUGCUACAAUCUGUGGUCUCUCCUACAAGGGUGAUUUGAGAAUGCUUUUUGCAGAGGACAAGAAUAAGGUAAAGAAUAUAAUCCGUGGGAGUUUUACAUUAUUCCAAUCUAUGUAUAAGCCAAUACUAGAAGAGUAUGCAUCUGAAGGGCUACUCAAAAUUACUUUGGAGAGUCACCAUGAUAAAUUCGAGCAGGACUGCGGCUCAUCUGCGACGAACAAUCACCUAUGUUCUCUUCCCUGGGCCAUCCAAAGCCAAUUGAGCUUGAAGCAUAAGAUGAAUGCAGAAGGAAUUGUGAAACCCUGUAACAUCGUCGCUUCCAGAGAGUUAGCUGCUAGCCUUGUGACAAAUACUUUGAGACGUAUUGUGAUGAUGUCUAGCGGAAGGCAAGCGAUAUCUGGACUGAUUGCUACUGGAGGUGUUAAUGCUGCACGGUAUUUCUCAAGAAAAUUAUCGAAGGCAUGGAAAUCUAGAACAGCGUAGCGGUUCCAUUCAAUGAAGUUCUCUUCAGCAUGCCAUUUGUUUUUUCAUAUUUACAAAAGAUGGCAUUGACAAAGGAUUCCAAUAAAAGAUGCUGUUUUUUCUCAGAAAUUGAGAAUGAUUUAAGAAACCAACUUAAUUUAAGCCAAUAGACAAAUGUUUCUAGUAGGUGCAUCUUUACGUGGGUAAUGCAGAUUAUAUUUUAAGUC